UCAGUCUGCUCCAUCCCUGCCUCCUCCUCCUCAUUCUUGGCUUUCCGUCUGUCUGCCGCCGCUCUUCCUCCUCAGCCUCGCCUCCUCCGUCGAGCAGGAUGUGGCGUUCGGCGGCUCUGCUGGUCUCGGGAAUCUCGGCGUUGAUCCACGUGGCUUGGGGGGGUCCCCACCAGAGAAAUCUGCUGAAGAGCCUGCUGAAGGACUACAACCGCAUGGAGCGCCCCGUCGGGAAUGACUCGCACCCGCUCACGGUCACCUUCUCGCUCAGUUUGAUCCAGAUCGUGGACGUGGAUGAGAAGAACCAGGUGCUGACCUCCAACAUGUGGCUGCGCAUGAGCUGGUUCGACCACUACCUCCAGUGGAACCAGAGCGAGUAUCCCGGAGUUAAAAACCUUCGCUUCACCACCGAGCAAAUUUGGACGCCAGAUAUUUUGCUGUACAACAGCGCCCACGACGACUUUGACUCCACCUUUAAGACCAACGUCCUGGUCAACUCCAGCGGCUAUGCUGAAUAUUUGCCUCCGGGCAUCUUCAUGAGCACGUGCAGCGUGGACGUGCGCUGGUUCCCUUUCGACGUCCAGAAGUGCGUCCUCAAGUUCGGCUCGUGGACGCACGACGGCCGGCUGCUGGACCUGCGGAUGAAGCGGGCCGACGUCUCGGGCUACGUGCCCAACGGCGAGUGGGACCUCAUCGGGGUGCCCGGCGCCCGCAACGAGCGUUUCUACGAUUGCUGUCAGGAGCCCUACCCGGACGUGACCUUCGUGGUGACCGUGCGGCGAAGGACGCUCUACUACGCCCUCAACCUGCUCAUCCCCUGCAUGCUGAUGUCCUCCAUGACGCUCCUCAUCUUUGUGCUGCCCGCCGACUCCGGGGAGAAGAUCUCUCUGGGCAUCACCGUCUUGCUGUCACUGACCGUCUUCAUGUUGCUGGUGGCCGAGAUCACGCCGGCCACGUCCGACUCGGUGCCGCUCAUAGGUCAGUACUUUGCCAGCAUCAUGAUCAUCGUGGGUCUGUCCGUCAUCGCCACCGUGGUGGUCCUGCGGUACCACCACCACGAUCCCAACGGAGGGAACAUGCCCAAAUGGGUGAAGCUGGUCCUUCUCCAAUGGGUGGCCUGGUUCCUGCGGAUGAAGCGGCCCGGCGAGGCGGAAAAGCCCCGGCGGCCCCCUUGCGCCCCCCACCUACGCCGCUGCUCAUCGGGCUCCGGCAGCGGGAGCAUCCCCAACCACGGCAACCCGCCGCAGCCGCAGCCACAGAAUCUGGCCCACCUCCACGUGCAGUGCAGCGCCAACGGCAACGGGAACCUGCUCUACUUCCAGGGGACGGAGGAGCCCGCGCUCUCGUGCGGCAGCAUCCCCGCGGGGCCCCGCGGCCCGCAGCCCGGCCUCUGCGGAUCCCCGCCGCCUCCCGCCCCCCAGCCGGACGGGGUCAGGCGCCCCGCCGCCGCCGUCUCCGGAGGGGACCCGCUGCUUCAGGCCAUCCUGGAGGAGGUGCGCUACAUGGCGGAUCGCUUCCGCCGACGGGACCGGGCGGAGCGCGCCGCCGACCAAUGGAAGUUUGCGGGCGCCGUCAUCGACCGCCUGUGCCUGGUUGCCUUCAGCGUCUUCAACAUCAUCUGCACCAUCUCCAUCCUCCUGUCGGCGCCCAACUUUGCCGACGCCCUUUCCAAAGACUUUGUCUGAAAAGCCGCCCAGGGGGAGCAAAGCGGAUGAGGGGGAGUUAGGGUAUCGAGCGGGCUCGGGUCCACGUUGGCGGCUGGGCUUCUAGAGCGGGAGACAAAGGAAAACGUGGCAUUUCUUUGCGCGAGACCGACCCAACUCCGUGACGGAAACGGAAAGAGAUCAGAGCUGCGAAU